UAUUUUCUACUUUACUUGUAGGGAGAAGAAUUACAUGUCUCCUUCUUUACCACUGAUUCUGUUUAUAUCCUAAAAGUAAAUUGUUUCAUUUUUAUUCAUCAUCAGCUCUUGACUUGAGCUCUCUCACACAUCUCCUUUAUAGCUGUUCUGAAAUCAAUGUUGAUAAAUCAGUUAUAUCUCUUUGGAUGUGAUGCUGUUAUUUAAACGUACAGCGUUUUACAUAGCUGUUGCUUUAGCAUAUAUAAAAAUGAAAACUUAAGUAUACCCAUAUGUUUAGAAUAAAAAAAUGUGUUUCAUUCUGUAGUAAUGCAGAAAAAUGUAUUGAAUACCCACUAUGUGCCGGGUUGUUAGGUAUUUCUAUACUUUAGCUAAUUCUCUUGACAGUCCAGUAAGGUAGGGUGUGGUAUCUCACUUAAUAGAAAAGAAAUUUGUUUAGUUUAGUCCAAGGCCAUCCUGAAACCAGAUUUGAACCUGGAUCUGUCCCUUCCAGAAGUUUUCACUGACAACACGCCAUCACAAAAGAUGGGAAAUUUACAUUUUUCUUAAAAACUACUUUGAUUCUGUUUCACUUUGUUGUGUUGCUAGUCACAAGAAAUGCAGGGAGUUAAGUUCUUUGAAUCCUCCUCUUCACUGUUUUUUUUUUUUUGUCCUGUUACAGUUCUCACAGUCUGCCAUCAUUUGACAGUAGCAGAGGCAUUCAGUUUAUUUCGACUGCUAUGACAUUUGUUUCUUAGAGAAAUUCCUACGGGUGCCAAUUCACCAAGCAUAAGGACAUCGUUUCCAGGCCCUCGUACAACAGUCUACUAUUUCUAAUAUCUUACCAUUUCUGUAAUCUUUGUAGUUACAGUGUCCUUUUUUUUUUUUUAAUAUGGACCUAACGAAUUUAGAUGAAAAAAAAAAUUGAAUCUAUUUUGGUAAUGGAAAAAAGAAUUUCCAGUGUGGUUACAAACCACAUCUUAUGAGCUGUUCUUUGCCUCCCACUUUAAGAAUUACCAAGUAUUUUUAAAAAUUGGAACCUGAAAUUCAGUUCAUUGCUUGGAUGCAUUUCUUAAGAAACCUCUGAGAAUUGAUUGUAGGAAAUUAGGGGAGCAGUUAGAAGAUGAUUGGAAAUAAGAUAGUGAGAGAAGAGCAAAAUGACCUGAAAAUGAGGACUUUACAAUUUUAAUUUUACCAGUGAAAGUGGAUUUGUUGUUUUUCUCUUUCUGUUAUACUCUGUGGUCCCAUAUUGGACAGUCUGUUGCAAAAAGCCAUUAUAGAUUUCAUAUAGGCCACUGUUUGAGUAUCUGAACUGGGAGUCUAUAGAGUAGAAUUGGGUAAAGUAAGACAGUGACUUAACUAAUGUAAAUAGCAUAUUCUGGUAUCUUGGAACUUAAGAGAUCCUUUUUCCACCUCAGAAUAUUUUAUGUGAGACACACUGGGGACUACCUCACUGCUAUUAGAUCUCAUAAUGUUAUCUGGUCACAUUUCUUAUUCUGCCUACCUCUAGUUUACUCUAGUUUCUCUUCUGCUUUCAAGGCUCCAGACCCAGUUCCUGGACCUGCCCUGGAAAAGAAGUAUCCAGUAGAGAUGAGCUCACUGCAGUUACUUAAUUAAAAAUUUGUAAGCUACAAAAAUGGCAAUGGGCCAACCAAGAACAGCUACAAUUUGAAUUUUUCUAUUUCCAGAAAAUGGUAGCACUCACCACAAAACCACAAUACAUAAAUUGCCAAGUGUGGCUGACUUUCACAUUCCUUUAGAAGAACUUAUAACUGAAAAUGCUUGGACAGAAGAGAUGAGUACUAUUUCCACUAAGGCCUAGAAUUGCCUACUGUACAAAUAGUCCUGAUCAGGCAAUAUACGAAUGGCCCAAGGAAGCCACCAAAUUGAUUUUCAGGUUUUACAUGACCUGCGACAAAAAUUCCCUGAAGUACCUGAAGUUGUUGUAUCCAGGUGCAUGUUACAGAAUAAUAAUAACCUGGAUGCUUGCUGUGCUGUUCUCUCUCAAGAGAGUACAAGGUAUCUUUAUGGUGAAGGAGACUUGAAUUUCUCGGAUGACUCUGGAAUUUCUGGCCUCCGAAAUCACAUGACUUCUCUCAACUUGGACUUGCAUUCACAGAAUGUUUACCACCAUGGAAGAGAAGGAAAUAGAAUGAAUGGAAGCAGGACUCUGACGCACAGCAUUAGUGAUGGACAACUUCAAGGUGGUCAGUCCAAUAAUGAACUCUUUCAGCAGGAGCCACAGACAGCACCAGCUCAAGUUCCUCAAGGCUUUAAUGUUUUUGGAAUGUCUAGUACAUCUGGUGCUUCAAAUUCAGCACCACAUCUUGGAUUUCAGUUAGGCAGCAAAGGAACAUCUAACCUUUCUCAGCAAACUCCCAGAUUUAAUCCCAUUAUGGUAACUUUAGCCCCAAAUAUCCAGACUGGUCGUAAUACUCCCACAUCUUUGCACAUACAUGGUGUCCCUCCACCUGUACUUAACAGUCCACAGGGAAAUUCUAUCUAUAUUAGGCCUUACAUUACAACUCCUAGUGGUACAGCUCGACAGACGCAACAGCAUUCUGGCUGGGUAUCUCAGUUUAAUCCUAUGAACCCUCAACAAGUCUAUCAACCUUCACAACCUGGUCCCUGGACUACUUAUCCUGCAUCUAAUCCUAUGUCACAUACCUCAGCCCAGCAGCCAAACCAGCAAGGCCACCAGACCUCUCAUGUCUACAUGCCCAUCAGUUCACCUACUACUCCACAGCCACCAACAAUUCAUUCAUCUGGUAGCUCACAGUCUUCUGCCCAUAGCCAAUAUAACAUUCAGAAUAUUUCAACAGGACCUCGAAAAAACCAGAUUGAAAUCAAACUUGAACCCCCACAAAGAAACAGCUCUUCAAAAUUGCGUUCUUCUGGACCUCGAACCUCCAGCAGUUCCUCUUCAGUCAACAGCCAGACCUUAAAUAGAAAUCAGCCCACUGUUUACAUAGCUGCCAGUCCCCCAAAUACUGAUGAGGUGAUGUCCCGUAGUCAACCCAAGGUCUAUAUUUCAGCUAAUGCCGCCCCAGGAGAUGAACAGAUCAUGCGGAAUCAGCCCACCCUCUUCAUAUCCACAAACUCUGGAGCAUCUGCUGCCUCCAGGAAUAUGUCUGGGCAAGUGAGCAUGGGUCCUGCCUUUAUUCAUCACCACCCUCCCAAAAGUCGAGCAAUAGGCAAUAACUCUGCAACUUCUCCUCGAGUCGUGGUCACUCAACCCAAUACAAAAUAUACUUUCAAAAUUACAGUUUCUCCUAAUAAACCCCCUGCAGUUUCACCAGGGGUGGUGUCCCCUACCUUUGAACUCACAAAUCUUCUAAACCAUCCUGAUCAUUAUGUAGAAACAGAGAAUAUUCAGCACCUCACGGACCCUACUUUAGCACAUGUGGAUAGAAUAAGUGAAGCACGGAAGUUGAGUAUGGGAUCUGAUGAUGCUGCCUACACUCAAGCUCUGUUGGUACACCAGAAGGCCAGAAUGGAACGACUUCAAAGAGAACUUGAGAUUCAAAAGAAAAAGCUGGAUAAACUAAAAUCUGAGGUCAAUGAAAUGGAAAAUAAUCUAACUAGAAGGCGCCUGAAAAGAUCAAAUUCCAUAUCCCAAAUACCUUCACUCGAAGAAAUGCAGCAGUUGAGAAGUUGUAAUAGACAACUCCAGAUUGACAUUGACUGCUUAACCAAAGAAAUUGAUCUUUUUCAAGCCCGAGGACCACAUUUUAAUCCCAGCGCUAUUCAUAACUUUUAUGACAAUAUUGGAUUUGUAGGUCCUGUGCCACCAAAACCCAAAGAUCAAAGGUCCACCGUCAAAACACCAAAGACUCAAGACACAGAAGAUGAUGAGGGGGCUCAGUGGAAUUGUACCGCCUGUACUUUUUUGAACCAUCCAGCCUUAAUCCGCUGUGAACAGUGUGAGAUGCCAAGGCAUUUCUGAGCCAAAAGGCCCUGUAGCUCUAAAACCACAUUGGAAGUUCAAGAAACGAGUCUGUCAUCAGGGGAAAAGUUUCACUGCUACAUAGGAUUUUGUCAAAUUGAAGGUGUGACGAGAUGGUGUUGUGCUAAUGUUAAAUGUCAGCCCACAGAGCUAGUGAUACCUCAGUCUAAUGUCAUGGGCAGUUGAAAUUCAUCACAUGAAAGGGGAUCUGCUGAGAGAGCCGGUUGCCUGCUGCCUAAGCACGUACAGUGUUACCAGUAGCCCAUUGUGGAUAACUCUCAAUAUACUAAUGCCUAGGUGUGCCCAGGACCUUUUCCCCCUCAUGUCACUACUGAAUUCUGACAGGAGGAAGGAAUAGAACGAUGGCUUUUUUUUUUAAAGCUUUCGGUGAAACACUACAAACAUGAAGAAAAGGAACAAGAUGUAACUAUUUAAAAACUGUUUGCUGCCGCACGGUGCCAAUGAGUAGGGGAAGAACUUCAUGAAUCUGUGGUACUCGUGGCCUCGUCUUUGUCUUCCCUGAAACGUCUCCACUCUGUGAAGCCAGCAUCUGGGGCCUAAAGAUGAAAAGGAAAGCAGCAUGCAUUGUCUGUACAAACGUGCAGUGAGAUAUCCCAAAGCUUUUCCUACUGUACAGAUCUCUCGAGUCUGCUUUCAGUGAUUUCUUUAUUAUUUUCUUAUAUUUCUAUAUGUAUAGUGUAAUAGUCUUUUGUUAACUAAUUUUCUUUUCUCCUUUUAGUGAUUAAGCACGAUCAUGUCCCUUUUUAAGCCUUACCUGAGAGAAGCAAUGCCUUAAAAUAAAAAAGCAUUAAUGAAAUGAAACUGUGCACAAAAUAACUUUCCUCUACUUACCCUACUCUGCCCUCAUGAGUGCCGAUGUUCUGUGAAGACGUGGGGAUGCUGCACACUGACUUGCAGGAAAUGUACUACAAGACUUGCGUCUCUCUAAGUCACACUAUGUCUGCCGACUUCAGCAGUGGGUCACACAGCACACUGAUCUUCCACAGGGAAGCUUAAAACGAAAGGUAUUUUUAACCCACUGACAGAGCAACAAGGUUAAGCUUGCUUCAUCUGCCUGGUGUCCCACAGAACUGUCACAAGAGAUUACUAUGGGGAAAGUACAGUUUUCAAAACCAGCCACAGCAGCAGAACCUACAGCCCUGGUGUGGGGAGAAGCGUAAUUGCUUUACUGUCGGGGCAGUCCGUUUCUAAACCUGACUUGGUGGCAGUAUCAUGUGUAUUUAUAAAACGAGGCUAGUCAAAUUUAGGACAACUGAAGGAAAGCUGGAAAAAAGAAAAGCAAACUUGAACACUGAAGCAACCUCAAGCAUCUCUUUAUUUUGAUGAUAUAUUUUUAUAAGGAAAAUAAAUAUUCAGAUGAUCGGGAAUGUAUAUAACUAAAUGAAAUCAAGAAAAAGAAAUAACAGUAUGCAUUUAAAAAACAGAAUUAUGAAAUUAUAUAUCAGUGCUUAGAAUGGGGCUAAGGGAAGUGCUGAAAUAUAGCAAAAGGUAGGAGAUAAUGUUGACUGUCACCCAUUGUAAAUGUCUGCAAAUGGAUAUUUUUUAAAUAAGCAGGAUUAUUACAGGUGAUCUAUAUGAAUGUCAAAGCCUUGACUUCCGGGCUUUGCAUCUUGUAUAUGGGAAGAAAUAUGACAAUCCUAGUUAAUUAGACCAUAGACCCAAAGCCCUUACAUUUGAUGCAUUUUGUUUUAAAACUAGGCCUUGUUUUUCAGCUUCAUCUGCAGUUCUAUGUGAAGAUUGAUAAAUCAGUUUUUACUUGUUUUAUUAAUAAAACGUAAUUUGGAUAUCUUGAGUUGAUGGUUUUGUGAUUUAGCUGGGUAAACUAUCUUUGUAACAGAUAAGUUAUUUAUAAAAAUUAAAAAACUUAUAUUCUAAUGUGGA